AUGCAGAAAAAAGACGACUUUCCACAUGAUUUCCUGCCAGGCUUGCAACAUUUCGCCACUCAGGCCAUCCAUGUGGGCCAGGAACCGGAGCAAUGGCGCUCUCAGGCUCUAGUGCCCCCUAUCUCACUGUCCACCACGUUCAAGCAGGGAGCACCCGGUCAGCACUCGGGUUUUGACUAUAGCCGUUCUGGAAAUCCCACCAGGAAUUGCUUGGAAAAGGCAGUGGCAGCACUGGAUGGGGCUAAGUACAGUUUGGCAUUUGCUUCAGGUUCAGCAGCUACUGUGACUAUCACCCACCUUUUAAAAGCAGGAGACCAAAUUAUUUGCAUGGAUGAUGUAUAUGGAGGUACCAACAUAUACUUCAGCCGGGUGGCAACUCAAUUUGGAUUAAAAGUUUCUUUCGUUGACUGCUCCAAAACCAAAUUGCUAGAGGCAGCAAUUACACCAGAAACCAAGCUUGUUUGGCUUGAAACUCCCACAAACCCUAGCUUGAAGAUGAUUGACAUUGAAGCUUGUGCACACAUUGUCCAUAAACAUGGAGACAUUAUCUUGGUCGUGGAUAAUACUUUUAUGUCAGCAUAUUUCCAACGGCCUUUGUCUCUGGGAGCUGAUAUUUGCAUGUGUUCAGCAACAAAAUAUAUGAAUGGCCACACUGAUGUUAUAAUGGGCUUAGUGUCUGUUAAUUCUGAGAAUCUGCAUAAUAGGCUCCGAUUCUUGCAAGACACUCUUGGAGCGGUUCCAUCAGCUCUUGACUGUUACCUUUGCAAUCGAGGUCUAAAGACUCUUCAAGUCCGAAUGGAUAAGCAUUUUGAAAAUGGAAUGGCAGUUGCUCAGUUUCUGGAAUCUAAUCCCAGGGUAGAAAAGGUUCUUUAUCCUGGACUACCCUCUCACCCACAGCAUGAGUUGGUGAAGCGUCAGUGCACAGGGUGCCCAGGCAUGGUCUCCUUCUAUAUUAAGGGCUCUCUUCAGCAUGCCGAGACUUUCCUCAAGAGUUUAAAGAUAUUUACUCUGGCUGAGAGCUUGGGAGGAUUCGAAAGUCUCGCUGAGCUUCCGGCACGCAUGACCCAUGCAGCUGUGCCGAAGAAUGCCAGAGAUGUUCUUGGAAUUAGUGACACAUUGAUUCGACUCUCUGUGGGCUUAGAAGAUAAAAAAGACCUACUGGAAGAUCUAGAUCAAGCUUUGAAGGCAGCAGUGAGUUUCAUUAUCAUAAUUAUU